AGUUGGGAAAGCACGUCAUAAUAACAUUUAUAUUGAGACACGUAUCAGGUAAAAACUGUUGAGGUAACGUUUGAAACAUUUAUAUUGAAACGCCCAACACGAACAAGUGAAACUCAAAGAUUUAUCUUUUCAAGUUGAGUAAUACUUUGGUGAGCACUACCGCCACUAAUCUAAUAGUAAUUCAGUACAGAAGUUGGCAUUGAAGCUAUUAAGUACCUUAAAUGGGUAGGGUUGCUUCGACUGAAUGCAACAGAGAAGGACCAGAUUACUUUGGGCUUUUUGCAUCUGAGGUGGCGGAGUUAAUUUCUCAGGAUGAAGAUUUUCUGCUAAUUUCGGAUCAGAUAUUUGAGAAAUCUGGGGAAGUAAAUGGUGCUGUCAAAGAAAAGAAUAGUAGUAUGCAUAGCUAUAUUGCCAAAGAGUUUAGAUACACCGAUGGUUCUGCUUCCUUAUUUUCUGAUUGUUUUGGAUCUCAUGUUUCGGAUUUUGGAAAGGAAAGAUUGAAGUUGUUGCUUCGGCAAAGUAUUGUUCCCCUUUCACGGGAAGUGGACGAGAUUCUGGAUCCUGUAUUUUCCGUAUGCCAGUUACGGUCAUGCCUAAGGUACAAAGAAAGUUUAUUAGCUGUACCUGGUGCUGUAUCUGACUCUGAUCAAGGGAACCAUCCUCGGAAGAAGCUCAAGGCAUCCCCUUCCUCAGAUUUAGAACGAGAGGACUUGAAUAUCUCUCCAUCUAGAGGAGAUAUGUCGAAUGGUGUUAAAAAAGUCGAAGCUGAACAGGUAAAAGAAUCGUUUGCAAAGAAGGAGCAAAAUGAAGUGGGUUCAAAUGCUGGAGCAACUCCUGGAGACCUGGAUGUCCCCAAUGAUUUGCUGUUUUUGCUACAAAAUGAUAGCACAAAGGUUGAGAGUGUGAUGAAGAAGCAUUGUGAUGAGCUUUUAGCGACGCUUGGGUACAUGGAGGAGAAGCUUGAAGAACUUCUUGAUAUAGUUAUGUCGAAUUGCAGGUUAAUGACCUCACCUGAGAAACGCCACCUUCGGCAGUUGAUACAAGAACUUCCACCUGGGAAUCUUGAUCGUGUUGUCGAGAUGUUAUGCCGUGGUAAGCAAGUUGAGAAACAUUCUUGCAGUGAGGUGCGUGUUGAUUUAGAAAACGAGGACAAAGCAACACUUUGGAGAGUGUAUUUCUAUGUUGAAACAGUUGAAAAUGCUAAGAGGCUUCGCGAGGUGUAAUACUAAGUGGUGACAACUGACAAGGCCCUUGAUGAGACUCUGGGUCCUAAUAGUUCUAUCAUGAAUCAUGUCUUUAUUGUUCACAAGCUGCAGAAAGGCUUAUCCAAACUGCAGAUCGUGCAAAUCUUCUAGUUGAAAGAUAUCUCUUGUGGUGAUCGUACAGGCGUCUCAACUGAACAUUUUAGAGGCCAAUGGUUGGUGUAGAUGGAACACAGCCUUGUGUGCAGACUGCUCGUCUUUGACGACAAAUAGAAGCAACAUGUACACAAUCACAUUCAAUGGCUGUUUAGAGUGCCUGUCGGUUUUGGGCCUUUGGCUACCCAUCAUUUCUAGCAUGUAAAAAAACUAUAUUUGAUGAUUCAGGUAUCAACAAUUGUAAAUUGCCCCAUGGUUUGUUAUGCACCUGGUGAGACAGUCACUAGUUACUGCUUAUCAAUUUGAAGAGGAGGUCUAAUUGAUGAGAGGCCAGUUUCGCACA